AUGAAGCUCUCGUCUAUCCAAUCCGUGGUCGGCGUCGUCCUUGUCGGCGCAUGCCGCGUGGCCAACGCGCAAGACUCAGCUUCCUCCUCCGCCGAGGGCCCGAUCUUCAGCAUCCAGACCAGGACAGACCUGACCACGACGACGAGCCUGCCCAGCGAGCCGACCAUAGUCAGCGUGACCGGCGUCACGACGGUGCCCCAUCCUCACAUCACCACCAAUGGCACCAACUCGUCUGUGACACAGACGUCAGUUCUGACAGGGACGCCCGAGCCGACCCCCUCGAGCAUCAAGGCCGCCGGUGAACAGCUCUCCUUUGAGAGCUCCAUGAUGGGCAUGGUCAUCUUCUGCGCCCUCGGCGUGAUGAUCCUGUGA